UCAGGAUAAUAAAUUUGGGAUUGGCAAACAGCUGUGGUAUAAAACACAUUACACACUUUAAUCAACAUUAGUGUGUAAAAUUUGGUGCUUUUUUGCUUUCUUAGAUUAGUCUUCUGUCCAACUGAAUAGAUAUUUAGGUGUAAUUAACAUUCUUUAAGUUUGUGACUACCAUGACCAAUGUACAUUAGUAUCUUCUAUCUUCAUUAUGUAAUACAUAAAAGUACCUUUUACAUAUCUUUGCAUAUAAACAAGACAAUUAAAAUAGGCUUGGCCUUCUGGUUAGUUAAGAGUUAAAAACACGUUGUGUCUGCCAAAUUUUGACUCUCUGUUGUAUGGCACAGUUAUUUUUACUACUGACACUCAACACUUAGAGCCAAUCAGAGUGCAGUGUAUCUAAAGAAACAACAGCUAAGGUUACAAGAGUCUUACACAGACUGAAAACUUCACUUAGUACAGCAGCUCUCUCUGUUUUUCAUCUGUUUUCAACCUUGAAAACCUUCGUCAGAUGUUGGAUGUGUUAAUAGUCGGAGCAGGACCUCAUGCUCUCAUUCUGGCUACCCUGCUCUUGAACCCUCAGCAACAUGUCAACUCCUCCAGUGCAGAAAUCCUCCAGGGGGUACAGCUGAGCAAGACAAAUCCCAAGACUGGACGGAUCAGGAGCAAGAAGAGAUCUGUUGAUACCCUGUCUGAACUACACAAAGACCCAAAAUGUCCAUCAUGUCCUCCUUUGAACUUCAAGGUGGUGGAUUCUUAUGGAGAAUGGGCUUCCCUGUGGGAGAGCCAGUUCACUGCACUCAAUAUCCCUCAUCUCCGCUCACACAUGCUGGUGCACACUAACCCUCUCAAUAAGAAAGCCUUACAAGAGUUUGUGCUGGCAGAGGAUCGACUAGCUGAGCUUCACUCUCUCCCUGAGAAGGUCUACAUUCAGGAUAAGAAUGCCUUCUUUAAUGACGGACGCCUUGGCAAGCAAAACAGGAAGCUUCUCAGUGCUGCUCAAGGCCUGCAGAAAAACUUAUAUUUUAGCUUGCCCGGGACUCAGCUCAGUGUGGACUUCUUCAAGGAGCAGGUGUGCAGUUACAACCUGGACCGUGUCCUUAUCAAAGGCACUGUGGACAGAAUUACCCCAUUUCUCUCUGGAAAAGAAAAAAAAGUUGAAUUCUUUCAAGUGACACUAGACACCGGGGAUACCCUUGAGGCCAAAAGGGUGGUGCUGGCCACAGGACCCACAAGAGAACAGAUGGCAAAUAUCCCUCCAUGGGUGAGAGCAAUCACAGAGAGUUACCCUGAAGAGAUGUUGCAGCAUACAGUGGAACUGAUGCACCUCCUCUCUCAACAUAAAUCUAAAGGCAGUCAAUUCAUGGGCCCACCUGCUGUAUGCCAUAGGAACCAGAGAGUCAUGGUGAUUGGUGGAGGUCUGACCAGUGCUCACAUCAUCUCCAUGGCUCUGCAACAAGGUGCAAGUCAAGUGACCUGGGUCUUGCGGAAACACGUACAACUCAAGCAGUUUGAUAUUGGAGAUGUGGAGAGUCUGAUUGGCCGCUACUCACACAUUGAGCAUGGCAUCAAGCUGGAUGGCCUGGCAUACCUGCGGCAGUUCUAUGGAGAGAGGAGCCUACAUAAGAGGCUAGCAAUGAUUAAACAGGCGCGUAAAGGAGGAGCCGUGACUCCAGAGGCUUAUGCACAACUUCAGCCUUUCAUUCAGUCAGGGCAGCUGUUUGUCAAGGCAUACUGCCAGGUUACUGAAGCCAUUUGGUGCUAUGAAACUCAGAAGUGGAAGGUCUUCCUGGAGGGUGAUGGGGAAAAAUGGACUGGUGACAGGAUCUGGCUUGCAACUGGCUGCAAGCUAGAUGUUAAUCAAGACUCUUUACUCUCAGACAUCAAGAAGCAAUUCCCAAUUCAGGUGCUUGAAGGAUGGCCGUGUAUAUCAGAGACUCUCCAGUGGGCUCCUGGAUGUCCAGUUUACCUGAUGGGACAGUAUGCAGCACUUCAGGUUGGUCCCCAUGCUGUGAACCUUGCAGGAGGUCAGGCAGCAGCUUUACGCAUUGCCAGGGAUAUCAUAGACGAGCACAGCAGUGAAAAACAGAACACAGAGAGCACCAAAGUGGAAAAGACACGAACCGAGGAGUACAUUUCCGACAUGCAUGGCCUAAUGUGGUUAUGACGGUUCUUUCACAGGUUUUUGCCUGAUUGUAGCAUCCUGCCUUGACUCGACUUCCAGAAAGAUGUAGUGCACUGGUUUAACAGGUUAAGUUUUAAGAAUAGAAAUAUCAUUAUGGAAUUAGACAGCCAGUCAUAUCGCUGUAGCACAGUGCAUAAAGUCAUGCAGAUACAUGUCAAGAGCUAUUUAUAAUGAUGGACAGUGAAGCUCUUCUCCCAAAAGAGGUUUACUCAAACACAUUGUGCACUAGUGGCACCUGGUGGCCAGCACUGGUUAUUGUACUACUGAAUGCAUGAUGUCAUUAAGUAAUGCUAUGUAUUACGUAAUAAACCAAAAUAAAUCCCUGUGUAUAUUUUC